AGUCGUUCGCCCAUCUCUUUCUAAUCUGCUCUUUUAUUAAAAAGCAAGGACGAGAUAGUUGCGUUAAAUCAAGUUGAAUUAAAAUUAAAAGUAUAAAUAAAAUAUGAAUAAUAUAAAUUAACAUCUUCACCGUGACGUCCGUACUGAACCGCUCAUUUUAGUUUUAACGCCAGUUAGUACAUACCUAUAAACUUUAUUUAGCAAGUUAGCUACUUUUAUCACACAGUUAUUGCAUUUUUGAUCAAUGUGAUGUAAUAUUGUGUAGUGUAAAACUUUCAGUUUGAUGGGGACGCAAGAGUUUUAAAACUUUUAUACACACGACCUUCAAAAGUGACCUUAAAACUUGUAUAGUCAAUAGAAUUAAAGUGCGCAUGUGUAAUAUUCUGUCAAAUCGUGUUUGGCGCGCUGAUAAGCUCAAACAUACAAGCUGUUGAUCGCAAUGAGUUUGUUUUUUUAGUCGUUCAACAGAUACCGUGCAUAGUUGACGUACGUAACAUAAAAUAACGCGAGUUGGUCAUUAACUAAAAUGUCUAACCACGAUUUAACCUGCAAAGUGAGAACGGCGAGACAGAAUGGCAUUGUGCAACCCCUACUCACUGACCUUUACCAAAUCACUAUGGCUUACGCUUAUUGGAAAUCUGGUAAAGUGAAUGAUGUUGCUGUAUUUGAUUUGUUUUUCCGUACCAACCCAUUCCAUGGAGAAUUUACAAUAUUUGCGGGACUUGAAGAAUGUUUGAAAUUUCUGCAUAAUUUUCAUUAUUCAGACAGUGAUAUAGAAUAUUUAAUGCAAACACUGCCAGAUAAUAUUGAGGCAGAAUUCUUUGCAUACUUAAAAGAUUUAACAUGCAAAGAUGUUAAAUUGAGCGCCAUUGAAGAAGGUUCAGUUGUUUUUCCAAGAGUACCACUGUUGAGAGUAGAAGGACCGUUAAUUAUUACUCAAUUACUGGAGACAACCCUAUUGACCCUGGUUAACUUUGCUAGCUUGAUGGCGACGAAUGCUGCCAGGUACAGAAUGGUAGCCGGUAAGAGCGUGUCGCUGCUGGAAUUUGGUUUGCGCAGGGCACAAGGUCCAGACGGCGGUCUUUCUGCUUCGAAAUACGCUUAUAUUGGUGGUUUUGACGGAACGAGUAACGUUUUAGCCGGGAAAAUGUUCAAUAUACCCGUGAAGGGGACGCACGCCCACUCGUUCGUGACGUCAUUCAGCACGCUGGACGACAUACAUUCCGUGCUUCUGAGACACGCCGACACACAAGAGCCUUGCAACUUGCUAGAGCUGGCCUCAGAGUGGCGCAACCGCGUGUCAGCCGUCAUUGACAUCUCCCCCGAGGAAGCCAGUGACGGCGAACUGGCUGCACUGAUCUCGUAUGCCAUAGCCUUCCCAACAGGUUUCCUGGCUCUAGUGGAUACGUACGAUGUCAAGAGGUAUAAUUUUCAAGGCUUACCGUCACGGCACAGGCAGCAUAUGAAUGGGCAUUCUGGCUACAAUAGCAACUGUGGAUCCAAUGAUACUAGACUACUAAAAUCACCGAUACAUAGUACAUAUGGAUAUAGCACGGUCGAACGCACACUGAGGAGUGGAUUGCUGAACUUCUGCGCUGUGGCUUUGGCUCUAAACGACUGUGGGUAUCGAGCAGUGGGCAUCCGUAUUGACAGCGGAGACUUGGCUUACUUGUCAGUACUGGCCCGGGAGACCUUCGAACAAAUCGCUGAAGCCUUCAAACUGCCAUGGUUCUCCAAACUGACCAUAGUCGCGUCUAAUGACAUCAACGAAGAAACCAUACUGAGCUUGAACGAGCAAGGCCACAAAAUCGAUUGUUUUGGCAUUGGGACGCAUUUAGUUACUUGCCAACGUCAGCCAGCAUUAGGAUGUGUUUACAAGCUAGUGGAAAUAAAUGGGCAACCACGAAUCAAGCUAAGCCAAGAUGUUGGAAAGGUCACAAUACCAGGACACAAAGAGGCCUAUAGAUUGUUCGGCGCAGACGGUCACGCGCUCAUCGAUUUGCUUCAAAGGUCUUCAGAGCCGGCGCCAGGAGUUGGCCAGAAGGUGCUCUGCCGGCAUCCCUUCCAGGAGUCCAAGAGGGCAUACGUCAUCCCCAGCAAAGUUGAACAUCUGUACAAGGUGUACUGGAAGGACGGGCGUAUUUGCAUUCAGCCGAAGCCUCUGCUCGAGGUGCGGGAGCGGGUGCAGUCAUCGCUCCGAACCCUGCGGCAGGACAUCAAGAGAAACUUGAACCCCACCCCGUACAAGGUGGCAGUCAGUGAUGAUCUCUACAACUUCAUUCACGACCUGUGGCUUCAAAACGCGCCCAUCGGAGAGCUUUCGUGAAAUUAAAUCUGUCGGAGAGACAGUCCAGACGAGUGAUCACUCGUAUCAAUCAUUUAAAAAGAUACAAAAUCAUUAAUCAUGGAAAAUGCCUAAAAAUACCAAAUGAAAGUGUCCCAAGGAUUCAUUUUGGAACGUAAUAAUAAGAUAGAUGUAAGCAUUGUGCACAAACACAGUACUACUUAAUUUAUUUGUUGCAUGUUAUGUUUAUUUGUUACAUAGUUUAUGAUCUUGCCAUGCAAAUGUGGAACCAAAGUUUAAUAUAGUGUCACAAUUGAAAAGCACCUGUUAAUUGGCUUGUUCAGUAAAUUACAAUGAAAGCGGAAAAAUAUUUAU